AUGGCUAAAUUUAGCUCAGUUUUUGUGGAGAUAUCAACCAUAGAAGAUGAAUGGAAAGCUACAUUUUCUCGUCGCUUUCCUGGUGAAUGUACAUUUGAUCGGAGAGGUAAAAAUUCAUGUUACUUAUCGACAAUCAAAUACGAAAAAUCAUCCCAGCGAGCUGUUUUUGUACAGGUCCAUUCUCUAGUCGAAUUUACCAACAUCAAAUGUGAAGUAGUGGACCCCGAGUUCUGCAAUUUCGAAUAUUGCUAUCUGAAGUCGGUGAACCGGACCUACAAAUAUUGUACGCUUAAAGUGAAUCUCCUUAAAAUCCCGGUAACCAAAAUUAAGGUUAACGCUGGCAUUUAUAAGUUCGCCAAUGGCCAUAAGUCCUAUCUUUACAAUUUUACUGUUGAUGCCUGCAAGUUCCUAAGAAAUCCAACCUCAAAUCCACUUGCUGGCUACAUCUAUGACUACUUUAAGGAUAAUUCUAACAUGAACCACACUUGCCCUUACGACCAUGACCUUGAGGUGGAUAAAAUAACAACUCAGUUUUUUAAUCACCGAAUGACUAAUGUUGUGCCUUUUGCGGAGGGAAAGUACUUGUUUCAAAUGAACUGGAUAGCCUAUGACAUUAUGCGAGCUGUGUUUAAGGUUCAUUUCCUAGUUGAGUUCACGAACUCCAAAAUCGAGUCAAUAGAUACUAAUUUCAGCGGUUUUGAGUAUUGCCUUCUGAAAUCGGUCAACUAG